AUGUCUGUCUCCAUCACGACCACCUCGUCGACAAGCCCUCGCCUCCAUGAGGACCCCCUCAUCGCGCCCAAAGCCUGGGGCGCCGGCCUGGGCCUCGACCCCGUGGCCGCCAGCUGCGUCCUGAAGCAGGAGCCCAUCUCCAUCACCCUCAACGGGCCCGCCAUCUUCACCGUCUCCGUCACCCUCGCCUUCAUCAUCCACUUCCUCGAGCCCCGGACCGCCGAGAUCCUCAUCAUCCUCGCCCCCGUCCUCCUCCUCGUCCGCAACGACUACCAGAACUUCCUCGGCCUCGGCCCCGGAGGCACGCCCGCCACGUUCCAGGGCUACGUCCGGAUCGCCUGGCUCAGGCUCUGGGCCCUCCGCGACCCCUUCACCGCCCCCGAACCGAACCCCGACGUGCUGCCCGAGAGGGGCAUCCUCGUCCAGCAGCUCGGCGACGACCUCGGCCUGAGCCGGCUGCCGUACCGCCCCGGGCCCCGUCCGCUCGUCGCCGGCAUCGCCCCGCAGCGGCAGCUCGACCAGCACGGCACGGAGCCGCACUACCACGCCCUCCGACGGACCCUGGAGCGCCUGGCGGCCGAGAAGCCUGCGAGGUUCGGUACGGCGAGGUCGUGCCUCGAGAAGCACGGCCUCGGCCUCUUCGCGCGGCACCCGGUGAACGUGACGUGUAACGGGGAGGUGUGUCACGUCCACGACUCGGACCACUCGUUGCACAUGAGUCUGCACCCGGACGAUAUCCGCGAGGUGCUCGCCAAGGGAUGGGGCCAGCGCCAUCCGCUCGCGUGGAAGGGGCGGCUGGUGCAGAUGCCCGUACCUGAGGAAUUCAUCAUGGUGUACGCGCCGCGUGAUGACCACGAGUUGAAGAUUGUGUGCCGAAUCAUAGAGGCAGCCAUCUGGUACGUCGUCUCCGAGAAGACUGAGAUUCAAGUCGAGAAGGCCGUCUAA